AUUGUUGGAUACUUAUUCCCGGGUUAUGGAUUGUCUUUGUGGUUUUAAUAGCGAAGAGGAGGCUAAAAAGAAGAUAUAUAAUGUGUCAUGUGAGAGGUACUUUGGAUUUGGAUGUGAGAUUGAUGAGGAGAGCUCAAACAAGCUUGAAGGAUUGCCUGGUGUUCUGUUUGUUCUUCCAGAUUCUUAUGUUGAUGCUGAGAAUAAGGACUAUGGAGCUGAGCUGUUCGUGAAUGGAGAGAGAGUUCAAAGAUCACCCGAGAGACAGAGGAGAGUGGAGCCUGUGCCUCAGAGAGCCCAAGACAGACCAAGAUACAACGACCGAACUCGUUAUGUGAGGCGUCGUGAAAAUAAUAGGUGAAAAGCGAUAACAGGUUUAUAUAAGAACCUAGUUGUAUGAAAUUUCGAUGAAUGCCUUAUCAUUAAUGGGUCUUAUGUUGAUAUUAUAUUGUCGCUGGAUUGUUAUGGACUUGUAGGACAAGAAUUCUCGAGUCAGUUCUCUACUCAUGGAAUCAUUAAUUUGUGGAUCUCAAACUUUCUAAUUAAUAUGUGAUUAUGAGAUGAAUUUUUUUGAAGUU